UAAAAGUCGGGGGCCGGAGAUUAAUGAGAGGCUAGCUAAGCGACGACCAUGAUGAACGAGGACAGCAGCGCUGCCAGCGGCGGCGGCGUCAAGAAGUUCUUUCAGCGCCUCUCACAGACCUACCAAUCCACCUUGGACCGGAGCACACCGCACACACGGAUGCGCUGGGUGUUCGCCGGCUUCCUGCUCCUGCUCUUCGUGCUACGUAUCUUUAUCUACCAGGGCUGGUACAUCGUGUGCUAUGCACUAGGCAUUUACCACCUGAACCUGUUCAUCGCCUUUCUGACGCCCAAAAUCGACCCGGAGUUCGAUCCCUACUCGCAGGACGACGAGGACGAGGGACCCAAUCUGCCCACGCGCAGCAACGAGGAGUUCCGGCCGUUUAUUCGCCGCCUGCCGGAGUUAAUUCUGGCUGUCGUGGCGAAAAGCACACUUAUCGGGCUGAUUUGCACGUUCUUCGACUUUUUCAACGUGCCGGUGUUCUGGCCCAUCCUGGUCAUGUACUUCAUCACACUGUUCUGCAUCACGAUGAAGCGCCAGAUCAAGCAUAUGAUCAAGUACAAGUACUUGCCGUUUACGCGCAACAAGCCGCGCUACCAGCGGGUCAACGACCUGGCGGCAUCCGGACCCGGCUCCGUGGCGGGCAACGCGAAGUGACAAUUAGCCGCACAGACGCCGGACACACGGGCGACGGCAGUGGGAGCGAGCACUCCAUCGAGCGCCACCUCCCCCGCUGCAUCGCCACCAUCAACAACCAGCGACAGCGCAGCGACCAAGGAUGUGG